AUGUCGCGUCGAGCCCGUUCAAUGAGCCGCCUCCGUGGCACCACACCAGGACGUGAUGCAACUUCAUCUAUUUAUGAAUAUGGAUCAGCUUCUGAUGGCACGGGGGGAGGCGGCUAUUCAACCCGUCUUAAUAUUUAUCAACCCGAUGUGUACGGUGCAUUAUCUCGUACUCUUCGAGCUACAUCUGUAGCUCGAUCUAAGGAUGUCGACAAUGAAUUAUCUGGUGGUAGCUACCAUCGAUCACAAUCGGUCGGUCGUUUUGAUCAUUUAAGAGCACGACGUCCUUAUUCAGCAUAUGGUACACAUGAUUUCGAUUAUUUUGAUCGUUAUACAGAGCGUAUUCGGGAUAAAACACCGAUUGCUCUUGAUAGUCAUUAUACUCAUUAUCGACCUUAUUAUUGGUAUCAUACAGCACCCCGUACCUUUUAUUAUAAUUUUCCAUACGAUGACUGGCGUUAUCGACCAAUUAAUCAUUAUCGUUCACCUGCACUUUAUUCAGGUAAUGAUUCAUCGUAUAAUCAUCGUUUUAAUGAUUCAAUUGAUCGCGUAUCAUCAUUAAAACGUGCUAUGCGUGAUAUUGAUUAUACACGUGAAUUACGACAAUUACGUUAUCAUACACCAACAACAUUUUCGUCAAUUACACAUGGUGAUCAUUUUCUAGGUCAAGCACGAGAUGAUGUUCGACGAGCUAUUGAUUCUCGUGUUGGUGGUAGUAGUAGUGGUACUUCGCGACUUAGUAAUCCAAAAGAAUAUUUUGGUACAACAUUUGUUCAAUUUGAAAAAAAAGGUGUUAAUAAUGUUGGUUGUCGAUAUAAUGGUUUAUCACGAAAAGUUGAACAUAAACCAAGUUAUUGGAGAGCUGAAGAUAAUGUCGAAAGAGGAUAUGAAUUAAAAGCACAAAAUGAUGAGACAUUAGAUAAAAUCUAUGAUAAUCAAGAUAAAAUUGAUGCAAGUCGAGAAUGGCUUUUAGAAGAUAGAGCUGGUGUUGCUCCACGAAUGUUUCAUUUUGAUAUGGAUUCUCGUCAAGCCCGUCGUGAUGUCGAUAAUUCAUUACGUACUAUUCGUAAUCUUAAACAAUUGAAACAUGAAACAUUCAAUCGAUUAUCUCAACCAUGGACAUUUGGAACAUAUUCUUAUUAA